AUGUCAUACACCAUCGAGGUCAAGAACAAGUCCGGGUACGGUGGCAGAGUGUACAGCUUCUUGUCCGCCAAAGCCGUCAUCACCGGCGCAGGCAACAAUGCGGACACAACUAAGUCCAUCGCCUUGUUCCGCUCUCGAAAGCUCGACAACGGAGGGACUGCUACCUUCAACUUUGGCAACACCUACUACGGGUUCAUGGGCCACUCGGGCUCUGCUACCCUCCAAGUGGGUAGUAAUGUCAAUGUACAGACCGAGAAGAAAGUCACGCUUGGAACAAAAGAUGGCAUCCUGGCCCUUAACGAGGACUGCGUCUUUAGCGUCAUCCCCCCGGAUGACGAAAACCCUGUACCUGGCAAGAACCAAUUCUCCAUCGCGGCAAGCGCCAGGCUCCAGCCGGACAACGACGUCGUUGGCGUAUCCCGUGGCAUAGAUUUGGGGGACGGUAUUAAUCCGGCGCCCCUCAAUUGCGUUCCCCUCCGGGCGGGUCCGACGUACACCAUCACUGUCAACAAUGCCGUCUACGUCAAGGCUGCCAGUCUCGACAGACAAUCUAUUCAGGCUUCUCUUGAUGAUGACAAGACUGCUUUAAAAGUGGAGUUCCCUUACAGCAAGAAGAAGGCAACUGUCGUCGAGGACACCGAUGGCAACUUCACCGUGACCUACUCGCGUGGUGAUGAUUGA